GUACUUCCUUGGCUUCGACCUCUUGUGAGUACGUGGGAGAGACGAGGAAAUGCGGGCUUGCCACAGGAGAUGGGGAAAGAUAGAGAGAGUGGUGGUACACGCAGCAUGAACGCUGUCCUAAGAUGGCUGGUGGUGGAAGUAGCACGCGCCUUGCGCGAGGACCGGAAUGUUCUCUACUUCAUCGCUCAUAUUCUGCCGAUGCCAGUCGACCGUUCAGGCACGAGUGCCGAGAUUAACCACGAGAGACUUGGUGGGUUGAGGAGCGAGAUCUACUUGCAGGAGCGAGAUCCACUUCAAACAAGAGUUCCGCCGCAACAAUCUGCCGCUGAGCACCACGAAUGUACACUUGCCGAUGUUGACGCCACCGACGCCAGCAACAGCUGCUCAGAGGGUGCUGGAAACGGUGACAAUGGUUCCGGACUGCGAACGAGCAACCAGCGGGGGGCGGAGCCUAGCCACACCAAACGCCUUUCGGCAGGUAGCUUUGGGCAGCACGCCAACCCCGUCGCUCGAGUCCCCGGGAAUUCAUCGCUCGACAACGGCGGCACCCCCACCCUCGACACGGCCUGCGGUGCCCUCCGGAACAACCUCAUCGGGAGGCUCGCCCCGGUUCAAACGCCGUUCGGCUCCAAGCCACUUGUCUACGCCGACUGGACGGCGAGCGGGCGCCCCGUGAAAUCGAUCGAAGACUUCAUGAACCGGGAGGUCCUUCCUCGGUACGGCAACACUCACACCACGUCUAGUGAGACGGGCGCCCAGACGACCGCUUUCCGCGAAGAGGCCCGGAAGAUCAUAGCGCGGUGCCUUAACGCCAAGUGCGGAUCGUCACACGGCGAGGGCAGCAAAGACGACGGCGGCGACGUCGUGAUUUUCGCUGGCUCAGGGACGACCGCGGCCGUUGCGAAGGUGGUGUCCGCUCUCAACCUCGACACCAAGAAGACUCGCACAUGGAGGUCUGACGGCAGGCCGGUGGUGUUCAUCGGGCCCUUCGAGCACCACUCCAACAUCUUGCCGUGGAGGGAAUCGUGCGCCGACGUCGUGCAGAUCCGCGAGAACGCCGCCGGCGGCCUCGAUCUCGAAGACCUGGAGCGAAACCUCAAGGCGUACUCCCGCCGCCGCCUGAAGAUCGGUUCCUUCGCCGCUGCAUCGAACGUGACUGGCGCCAUGGAAGACACGGAGAAGAUCACGAGGAUCCUUCACAGCGGAGGAGCUUUGUCGUUUUGGGACUACGCCACCGCCGCGCCGUACAUCGACAUCGACAUGAACCCCAAGGGAUUCAACGAUGCUGAUGAGGCCCUAGCCGCCAAAGACGCCGUGUUCAUCUCGGGGCACAAGUUUCUCGGCGGCGCGGGAACGCCCGGGCUGUUGGUGUGCAAGAAAAAGCUCUUCACCAUGAGCAAGACGCCAGUGGUAAAAGGCGGCGGCACGGUCCUCUUUGUGACCCACAAGGGUCACACGUACCUCAGCAACAUCGAGGAGCGCGAGGAAGGCGGUACCCCCGACAUUCUCGGCUCCAUCAGGCUCGGUCUGGUGUUCCAGAUGAAGGAGAAGCUGGGAAGCGUUGAGGAAAAAGAAGAACGGCUGACCCACAUGGGGUUGACAGCCCUCAGGUCGAACCCCCGGAUCUGUCUUCUAGGAGACACCGGUCGGAAGCGCCUCCCCAUCUUCAGCUUCUUGGUACGGCACGGCAACAGGUACCUCCACCACAACUUUGUGUGCGCACUCCUGAACGACCUCUUCGGGGUCCAAGCCAGGGCCGGAUGUCAGUGCGCGGGGCCGUACGGGGUGCGGCUGCUGUCGAUGUCGGACAGCUCCCUCCCUAAGAUGAAGAGGCAGGUCGAGGCUGAUGUCGGGAUCAUGAAGCCGGGCUUCUGCCGCCUGAGCCUGACAUUCUUCAUGUCUGAUGCUGAGGCAACUCCGGCGAGGUACAUUCUCGAUGCGGUUAUGUUCGUGGCGGACCACGGUGCGACCUUCCUCCCUCUCUACCAGCCAGACAUCAAGUCGUCAGAGUGGAAGUUUCGCGCGCCGUCCCCUGCGCCGACCGACAGCAGGAAAAGGCCGACCCUGAACGAAGCGCGCUACGGAUUCUCCAACCGCCGCCUCCUCGACGCCCCGCCUCCGGCGGGAAAUGACGUCGGCUCGGGAACGGCCCUGUCCACGGACGGGGAGUCGGCGAUGUUCACUGGCCUCGUCGAUGAGGCCUUCAACCUCGCCGCGGAAGUCGCUCGGCAGGGGACGGUGAACGUCGGCGGCUCGAGGCUGACGCUUGACAGGGAAGGGGAGGCCCUGCGCUGGUUCUACUUCCCCAACGAAACCGUGUCGACGCAAGUUGUGCGGCCCCUCGUCAUCAUGCCGAGGCUGUACGACAAUGGGCAACAGCAACAGCGGGCCCCCGAAUACGAGACGGGGGAAGCGUCAUGGCUCGCCAGGUUUUUCGGGGGGAAGAGGGCACUCCGCGCGGCAAACCCGCAGAGGCGUAACGGUCCCAAGGACGAUGAAGAGGACGAAAACCCGCAGGUCCGCGCUCUCAUGGCCAGGCUUCAAAGCCUGGAGGCGGAGCUUGCGCAGCAGUCAGAGAAGAAAAUGCAACAACAGCCGAGGCAGCGGCCAGAGCAGCAAGCACACCAGCAGUCGUGGCAGCAGAAGCCGACUCUGCAGCAGAGGCCGCCCAGGCCGCAGAAGCAACCGGUACAGCAACAGCCCGUCACAGGCUUCGCUGUGGUUCCAGGUAGAGCCGAGACUACUACCGGAUCCAAACCUGUACGGCUUGCCGAUCUGGACGUCGAGGCCCGUGGUGGGUCGGAACCUGAACGCGUUGGCGAUGCGGGCGUCAAGACCGGUCGAUCGAAAUCUGUCGGGCUAGCCGAUCUGGGUGAUUCGUGCUACUUUUAAAAAGACGGAUGUUCGACGCAGGGCUUGGGGCUGGUAGCAAGAUGAAUAUCCGAGCAGCCUAGAGCCUUCCGCAACAUAGCUCGGAUUUGCUCGGCCGCCGACUCUGUGAACGGAAACACGCGUCCAGUUUUUUUCUGAUCUGCAUUCUGCAUGGGUAGCCUGCAGGUUUUUUACUAUUCAUGUGUUGACCUUGGCUUACCAUCCAGCUUGCUCGGUCGAUGUGGGACGGGACGGACACACAUUGCACACAGUCGUUGGGGGGUCGAUGAAGGACGAUUCCUGGCACCGAUCUUUUUUCGUACGUGAUGCUCUGCUAUAUCCAUUGUGCUCGCCAGUCCCAUGGGAUGUACCAGUAUGUAUGGUCACUCGUGAUUUUUUUAUUGAAAAAUAUCGUGCGUGGAGCUUCGUAAAUGAAGUCGUUCCGUUGUUCGUGAGUGCGCGAAAACAGGGCGGAGGUUGGCCCUGUGUCCACAGUUGACCUUGAUCACCAGAGACUGGUGGCGGAGGUGGUGCGGAACUUUGUGGUGAAUCGGACUUGAAGGGAAAGUGUGCUCCUGCAUGCCGCAUCUAUGUCGCGUGCGACGUCGCUGGGAUUCUUUCAAGUUGCGCUGUUUUGUAUCGUCACCUGCGGUCUACUGUUCUGGGACCUCUUCAUGUUAUAGACUAGUCUAUUUGUAUUUUUUGGUUUUGGUUCGUUUCACACGUAUCGUGAGGUAGUGCACGGAGAUCAUCACGUACAUACAGUAGACUUCAAGCAUGUAUGCACAGCCAUUGGGAAGGGCAUGAUCAACAUGUAAACAAUCUCCGCUGCGACAUCUAUUCGCACAUUCUCGUUGUUUCACAGUGAAUUGGCGAACGCUCAUGGGUACGAAACAUAUGGACGCCAUGAUUGCGGGAGUACACGUAAACAGCGAUACCCCACAGCGUCUUGUCUUGUUUCGUACCGUCUUCUCUGCUGUUGCAAUGAACAGUCGUUUCUCGACUGCGUCCGGUACGAUGGUAUCUUUCUUCUCGCGUUGGCUC